AUGCCUUCCUGGAUCGUCAAGCUCGGUGCCCUUGUGGCUCUGGCGCAUACCGUUGCCGGAUCUCAGAUCUCCCUCAGGACGACCACGCCGCCUGCGAAUGAGUACGUGACACACUGCACUGUCAUCCUUGAUGAUGAGCUUUUUGGCUGCAAGGGCAGUUCGAAGCCUUUCGGAAAGAAGUGCGGCCACAACAGGGGCAUCCAGACCAAGUCUAUCUGCGAUACAUCAUCCGUCACUGUGGAUUGGUCCACCGCCCAGGUCACCUUCCAGGAUAACAAUGGCCACUCGGCUAACUGCACGCUGAGUUCGACUGAGGAGGGAGGUCACUGCAACACUGACGACCCUGAUGAGUUCCCGAUUGAGCACAAUGGAGCGGAGAGGCUCGGAGCCGGAGCUGCCCUCUGGGGUCUUGGCACCAUGGCUGCCACCCUGUUUAUCUAA